CGCCUAGGUCACAGACUGAACCGUAGUUUUAGAAAGAUUCGUUGGCCGAUUUAGACUAGAAGAUUUGAAUUUCUAAAUAUAGAACAUCAAUUGACAUUUCACAUUCACCGCAAUGCUGCGGAAAAGCUGUUUACUUCUCUGAAGGUCAAAGACGCCCACUGUGAACCGUCCCAGGCCCCAGCGUACUGGGAAGUCUCAGGGGAUAUAAAGCUUGCGCGCGGGGGAUUGAGGAAUAUGGCUGAUCUGUGAACCGCCUGAUAAGUUACGCUUGUUUUUCAGCACGUAACCUGCGAGAAAGCUUUAUUGUCUGGUGUGAUUUUAGAAAAGAAAUGCCGAUGAAGACUGGAGACGGAGAUUCGAGUGGUAUUCCAUCUAAUGUCCCGGCUUUUUUGGUGAAAUUGUGGAAGUUGGUUGAAGAUCCACAAUAUGAAGAACACAUUUCGUGGAACAAGAAUGGAACCGGAUUUCUGGUACACGAUCAAGCUACUUUUGCACGCGAGAUACUUCCAAAGUAUUUCAAACACAACAACUUUGCAAGCUUCGUCCGCCAGCUGAAUAUGUAUGGAUUCCGUAAAGUAAUUGGUGCUGAACAAGGAGGUCUUAGAUCUGAGAAAGACGAAUGGGAAUUUUUCAAUAACAAUUUCAACAAAUAUCAUCCUGAAUUACUUGAGAAUGUCAAAAGAAAGGCAACACCCGAGGAAAAGAAAAUGAAGUCUGAGGAUGUGUCUAAAGUGCUAAAUGAUGUUCAAGAUAUGAAAGGGAGACAAGAUGAAAUGACAGUGAAACUUGAUCAGAUUAAGAGAGAAAAUGUUACAUUGUGGAAUGAGCUGGUAGAGUUGCGACAAAAACAUCAAAGGCAACAGCAGAUUGUAAACAAGUUGUUCCAGUAUUUGAUGCGACUAAUUUAUCAAAAUGACAAGCUGGCAAACCGCAAACGACUGAUGUUACAAGACAGCACAGAAGAGCAGUCAUCGAAGAGAGGAAGAUACGAGUACAGAGAUGCAUCAGGUCCCAGCAGUGGCCAGCCACCACCAAGUUAUUCUGCUCAAAGACCGAGCACACAGACACUCACAAUAUCUGAUAUCUCAAACACACCUUCCACAAGCAUUCCUUCCACUAGUGGGCCAUUGAUUACUGCUUUACCAGAUGAGGACAAUAUCUCACAUGCUAGACCAGUUGUCAGAUUUCCAGAGGAAUCUGUACCAUCCUCACAGCCUAUUGUGUCCAGUCCUGUGUCAUCAGCAGCACCAACAUACCCACAAGCUUCAGUGGUACAGCCAUGUUUUUCAACAGGUGUGGUGACUUUUCCAGAGGAGCAGAAUCAGACAACUGUUGUUCACCCAACUCAUGUCAUGGAACCUUCUCAACCAAAUUUCAUCGGUGAACAAGUGGAUUACAACUCACAGAUGCUUGAAAAUAUUCAAUACCAGCUUGCAAAUCACCCAAUGAUCUUGGAUAAUAGCUUAUUUUAUGAUGUUUUUGGCCACGAAGGAGCGCCAGGAGCCCCAGGGCAGGAUCCACUGGAUGUCUUGGCAGACCGAGCGGCUGCCAGUCCUCUUCCUGGAGUUGGACAUAGUUCGUCUCAUGGGGACCAUGAACUGGUUCAGUAUGGCGUACAAGGGUCUGGGGCUGGUAGCACUUCCCAGCGUGGACACCCUAGGCCUAGGGAUCACGAAGACCUGUACGUGCGAAGAGACUGGGGCCAAGGACAGCAAGCGCAACAACAGCCCGGGCAUGACGUUCAGCAUUUCUUUAGUGGCUGAACUCUUCAGGAUGAACUCUUCUAGUUCAAGAUUUUAUUUGACGAUGGUUGAAACAUUUGUCUUAGCAUUGUUUUAUACACUUACUACGCGCGACAGUUCUCUAAAAUUCGAUUAGAUAUGAGAUUUUGUCGCUUUUAGAGUUUAAAGAAAAUUGCUAAGUCGACGUCAGCCGUAACCAGCACGGAACCGUUCAGAGAAUGGGUCGUGCGAAUGUAUGUUUUAUUAACCAGUUAGACGUAACAGUAAAGUGGAGAUGGUGUUUGAUGGAAUGAGUGGGAAAAGGCGCAGAGCCGAGCCACGUGCGCGGGAAAAAAGCGGCCGGUGGCAAGCGCGGGAAAAAGGCGUCCGGUGGCAAGUGCGGGAAAACGGCGACCGGAGGCAACUGUGGGAAACGGCGGCCGGUGGCAAGCGCGGGAAACAGUGGCCGAUGGCAAGCGCGGGAAAAGCUGGUCAAGCACUUGACGAUUGUUUUGGGUUUCACUCCUGUCUGGCUGAGAUGAUCUCAGUAGAGGAACAAACAGCAAACACAAUCCUCCUUAAAGUCGCUUGGAGGAGCGUUGUCAAUUGUGUAUCGCAGUGGACAUUUUUGCAGUAUUGAAUGAUAAUAUAGAGAACUAGCGAGUGUUACUCAGAUAUAACCAAUAUAGUCAAAUUCGAAAGUAAUAAGUAGAUAACGUAUUAAACUAAGACACGGUAUCGACGAAACUUAAUUGUACAUUAUAUAACGUACAGACUUUUUUUAAAAUUCCGCGGGAGGUAAUAAGCUGCUUUAAUAUACACAGAAGGGUUAGGAUUUUAAAUGAUUUAAAGAAUUCAAUUUGUAAGAAAGUGGUGCAGACUACUAACUUAAAAGCAAAAUAUGAAAUGAUUAAAUAAUAAAGUGAACAAAUGAUUA